AUGAGGGGACAGAUAGAGGAGCAGUCUGAAAACAAUGAGAAGGCCAGGGAGGCCUACAACCAGGGGCUGAAGAAGUGUCCCCACUCCAUGUCCCUGUGGCUGCUGCUGUCUCGUCUGGAGGAGAGGGUUGGCCAGCUGACCAGGGCCAGAUCCAUCCUGGAGAAAUCACACCUCAAGAAGCCACAGAGCCCAGAGCUAUGGUUGGAGUCGGUGAGACUGGAGUUCAGGGCAGGGCUGAAGAACAUCGCCAACACACUGAUGGCUAAAGCCUUACAGGAGUGCGCCAACUCAGACAUCAAAGGUUAA